AUGCUAUCGUCAGUUAUUCGUUUCGGACGACCGAAGGUGUCAUCGAAAAUGACUCCCGCUGUCUGUAUGGCUAUCAGGAGACUCGAUCCGUUGGAGGCUAAGAUGGCACAGAAAAGAGUGAGAUAUUAAAGUUGAGAGAGCGUCCACGAGCAUUCCCUUCUCAGGCUCAAGUUGAUCAGCAGGCGACGGAGCCGGAAGCGGCGUCCGAUUCGCAGAGUAUCAAGUACUCGACAACGGAUAACUUCCAGAAUACCGUUCAGGAGAAACGCAUUCAGGGAGCCGACGACGCCGAUCACGGAGACGUUCCCACGAACAUGCAGAAGAGGCUCCUAGUCGCCACACGACUGUACCCCUCGACCGAUUUCAUUCCAAAUACGUUCAGUCAGUUUUAUUCUGGUUGCUUCAAACUGAAAACAGACCAUUAA